UGCACACUGCUCAUACAGUCUCCCCGUACAGCUGAUCGGCAGGGGUCGGACCUGAUAAUAGGUCAUCAAUAUUUUAAAAAAACUGGACAACCCCUUUAAUUCUUUCAGUCACACAAAACACUGGCUCCUCCCAGCUUCCCUUAAGUAUGUCAUGUAUUGUCUGAGCACCUUGCCAGAUCUACCUGUUAAAGUGACAAUACAGUAUGCCUCCUUCAGAACUCAAUCUGAGCCAUUCAAGAUGUUUUUUAUCAAGAUAUAUGUUUCUCACUAUAUAUUUUCUGGUAUUGGGCCAAACAGAUGCAGAGAAAACACUGAAGUUUGUUGUUCUGGUAUUUCGUCAUGGUGAUAGAAGUCCUACUAUGACAUAUCCUAACGACAAAUAUCAAGAACACUCUUGGCCAGAUGGGUUUGGACAGCUGACUCAGCUUGGCAUUGAGCAACACUAUGAGCUGGGAAAGUAUCUGAGGAAGAGAUAUUCUGGAUUUCUGAAUGAGACCUACAGUAGGCAUGAGCUGAUUUCCAUGCCAUUCCAAAACUGUCCUCUGUACAAUAAACUGCAGACCGAGACAUAUGCAUCAAAAGAGUAUCAUGAUCUUGUAGACCCGUAUAAGGACUUUAUAAACAGUUUACAAAAUGACACUGGCUACUCAUACGAGGAGCUGAAUUACAUUUAUAACUUGUGGAUAACAUAUGAUGCUUUGCUCUGUGAGCAAAUUCACAAUUAUACUCUGCCAGACUGGGCAACCGAGGAUGUUAUGGACAAACUGUCUCUUCUAUCUGAUAUUUUCAUGUCAACUAUGUUUGGAGUAUACAAACAACAUGAGAAAUCCAGGCUACAAGGAGGUGUCCUUGUGAGUUCUAUUUUAAAAAAUAUUACACACGCUGCAACCACACCAUCCAUCAAUCUAAAGUUAAUCAUGUACUCUGCGCAUGACACUACAAUAGUUGCUCUCCAGAUGGCUCUGAAUGUCUACAAUGGAAAAACACCACCUUAUGCGGCAUGCCAUAUUUUUGAACUUUAUACAGAAGAUAAUGGGGAAUACACUGUUGAAAUGUAUUACCAAAAUGACUCAUUGGUGGAUCCAUACUUGGUCACUUUGCCAGGCUGUUCUUCAUCGUGUCCUCUGGCAAAGUUUACUGAGCUGACAUCGUCAAUAAUUGCAGAAGACUGGGAGAAAGAAUGUGAAGCUGAGGUAGAAGAGGAUAAAAUCUCAGGGACUGUUUUUGGACUCAUCAUUGCUGUGGUCAUCCUAAGUGUUGCAUUCCUUGGUCUGCUGAUCUUGCAUUGCUGCUGGAGGAAAAAGUCCAAGAAUUACAAAUUAGUAGGAUUAUAAACUAGACAAAUAACGAAUUAAAAAAAUAUGGUUUAAUGGGGUUGUCUCACUUCAGCUAAUAGCAUUUAUUAUGUAGAGAAAGACACUACAAGCCUCUUACUAAUGUAUUGUGAUUAUCCAUAUUGCUUUCUUUGCUGGU